UUCUAGCCUCACAAAAUGUUAUGUAUUAUCAUUAAGUUUAAAAAUACAUAUGCAAAGUCGUAUAUUAAUUGAGAGAUACCACUGAAUGUCAAACUACUCUGUCUGAAGAGCACUUGUGUGCGGUAGAGAGAAAUGGGGAAUACAUCAAGUGAAAGGGUCUCGGGUGAUCGUCAUGGAGCGAAAUCCCAACGCGUUGAUGGGGUGUCGAGCAGCCAGAUAGUUAAAGAACAAGAACCGAGCAAAAUCAUGGUGGACAGCUCUGACGAUCCCAACAUCUUCAACACACACAUCCUGGAAUCAAAGCCUUCAGCGGAGAAGGAGUUUAUGCAUUUCAUACCUGAUUCCAAGGAACCAGUAAAGCCACCACAGCAGGCAAGACCCACUGUAAUUCGCUGGGCAGGAGGUGGGAAGGAGGUGUAUAUUGCAGGGUCAUUCAACAGUUGGGCCACUAAGAUCCCACUCAACAAAAGCCACAAUGACUUUGUUGCAAUCCUUGACCUGCCAGAGGGCGAGCACCAGUACAAGUUCUUUGUGGAUGGGCAGUGGGUGUACGACACCUCGGAGCCGGUGGUUACCAGCCAGAUGGGAACUAUUAACAACCUGAUCCAGGUGAAGAAGUCUGAUUUUGAGGUUUUUGACGCCCUAAAUGUAGAUUCUCUAGAGUGCUCCGAUUCGUCAGACCUGUCCAGCUCUCCCCCAGGCCCCUAUGGCCAGGAGGUCUACACAAUUCAUCCUGAAGAGCGCUUUAAGUCUCCUCCCAUUUUACCUCCUCACCUGCUGCAGGUUAUCCUGAACAAGGACACCAAUAUUUCAUGUGACCCUGCCUUGUUGCCUGAGCCAAACCAUGUGAUGCUAAAUCAUCUCUAUGCACUUUCUAUUAAAGACGGGGUGAUGGUGCUGAGUGCUACUCACCGGUACAAAAAGAAAUAUGUCACUUCUUUACUCUACAAGCCCAUCUGAUCUCAACUCCAGUACUGUAUUUUCUUGGCAUGUUCAUUCUCUGAUCAGUAUCACCUCAAUCUGCUGUGAUUGCACUGAAACUGGUUUACAAUAGGGAUAUGAGGCCUGCAUCAACUCAUAGGUGGUCAUGUUUUGGAAGAUUGACAGCAUAGUAAAACAUUAAAUAUACAAAACCCUACUAAAUUGUAUUGUUAACAUGUGCUGUCUUUGACAUUUACAUCGUCUAAACGAUCAAUGUAUGUGCAUUGGACCAUACAGUAGUGUGUACAUUUAUUAUAACACCUCAAGAUUUGUCAUUUUGUUUCCUUUAUAUACCUACCUGCAUGAAAACCUCUUGUGUGAGAAUUAAAAAUGUCAGUCAGUAAUCAGUAUUUACAGAAAAAAUAGGCUAUCGUGUGAAAAUGUUAGACCAGUUUGUGCUUUAAUUAGGCAUCUUAAACAGCUUCUAAAAAGUCUCAUGCUAUGUGUUCCUUUUCUCUUACUGAUUUAAAUGGCCUAUUAAAAUCAUCAAUUAAAUUAGACAUUAAAGGCUGCUAUCCCACAAGACGCGAUGCGGCGAUGUGUCAAAAUGAAUAGAACCUAUACUUUUGAUAAGUAUCUUUCACACCACACGCGACAUAGGAGUGGCACCAGGGCGGCACUGGAGCAGCGCAAAAUAAAUAGGCUUGAAUCCUAUUUUUUGCGGUUUGACACGUGCCAACUAGGACAUUGAGCAAUCAGAGUACAGCUUCAAUGCACAAGAUCCAGUAGGGUGAAGCAGUAUCCAUAAUGACGGAGAAAACAAUAAUACUUGUUGAAAAAAUACCCAGACCUUAUGACAAAGGCCAUCACAAUUAGAAAGAUACAGAUUUGAAAGGUAAUAUAUAGGAGUCUAUUUCAAAGGAACUGGAUAAGCCUAGCAUGUAUGAGUUAUUGCCAUACAUGUUGAAAUACCAUCAAAGACUCUCAUAAUUUCCACAUCAUGUUGACGAAUAUGUACCAGUCUUGAUCAUAGUUUUGCUAAUAGCAAUUUUCAACAGUUGUGUAGAUCUGGCAGUUUUCAAACCUGUCGCAUCGCCUCUGUGUCUUUUCUGGUGGUUAUGGCCAUGUUGCUGCAAGUGUCUCUUCACCAAUUUAAAAAGUCGCAUUGCAUCUGGAGUGUGGAGACCUUAAUUUGCCUAUUUUGACAGUUUCAGGAUUUUCAUUUACAGUGGUUUGAUUUCAUAUGCACAACAAGUAUGUGGGGUGUUGUGAUAAAUUAGCACACUAUAUAAAAACAAGUUAUUUUCAGUUACUUUGCAGUUAUUUAGCAGAUCAGCAUACUGAAUUAAUUUAAAAUGUAUUUAUAAUAAGGGAAGAUACAUAUCUGUUUUGCACUACAUUGUAGCCAAGUCACUACAGACAGAUGGUACCAUGGCAAGCUGAAAACAUAGACAAUUACUGGUGAUCAAUGCCUUUCAUCAAUGGAUUUGUACCUCCAUAGUGUUUAUUUGAGAGGCUUGAAUGUUCAAGUCAACUGAAAAAUAUAAAUAAGCAACACAACGUUUUACAAACUUAAAUGGAAACUAACAUUUAAAGGCAAUAAUUUGCUGAAUAUAUAUAUAUAUAUAUAUAUAUAUAUAUAUAUAUAUAUAUAUAUAUAUACACACACACACACACACACAUUGUUACAAUAAUUCAAUUGCAAAUAUACUUAUUUGGCAUGAAUCAUGGGUAAGGAAAUCAAUCUUUUUUAUAGAAAUGACAUUGUUAGGAGAUUUGUGUAGGGUGCGUGCAGGCCUCACAUUGCCCUCAGAAUGCUGCAAGCACACUGCCUGUGCAUUUGUCAAUGCUGUGAAUAUGAAUGUUAAGAUAUAAGCUUUAAACUAUGCAGAUGAAAAAUCCUGUACUCUUAUUUUAAAGAGUAAUGCAUCCUCAUUAACUUCAAUUGCAGUUGUGGUUAUGAUACAAAUGCGUGCUUACUUGUUAGGAACACAUAUUAGUAUCAAGCCGUGCAAAGUAUUACUUAAGUGAAACCUAGAAAACUUUACUAGCAUUACAGAAACCCUGAAAACUAAAGUAAUAAAUCAUCAAAAAAUGUCAUUUAACGAUUAGUAAUAUUUAAUGUAUUGCCAGUAGUGUUUUACAGAGUUUGGAAGGGCUUAUGAUAUAGUUAGGAAUUGAAAAUUGUAUUUUACACAUGCCAUCCAUAUUGUGCCUUUCCAGUGUGAUAUGAAUUAUUAUAAUUUUAUUUUUCAAAAUGAUUGGCUCCCAAAAAUAGCUUUAGAAAAGCUUCACUUUAUCCACUGUGUCCUAGUUUGUCGGACAGCAAGCUUAACAGUUCUGUCAAUGUAUCUUCUGAGCUGAUAAUGGUGUAGCAUGCCGAAUUGAAUCAGGGCAUUGUUGGAUCAAGACUCAACAGUUCAUACCAAAAAGAUCAGUAUUAAUUUACUGAACAGGUUCUUGUUCAUUUUUAUUUUAGCCUAAAAGUACAGAUGUGUAUUGCCACUGAAAGUUAUGUUCCUGAAAGUAACAAGAACCAAGAAUUUAAGUAUUUAAUUUACUAGUAACAGCACAUUCAGACAGCUACAUGAUCAAGUAUCUGAAACCACAGGUGUGAAGUAUAAUGUACUGACAUACACAGAACCUGUAUCGUUUUCUAAAUAUAAUUGCAUUGUGACUUUUAGUGUGUACACCAAGGUGUCUGUGUGUUUGUUUAGAAGAAUCCUGAACAGCAGAAGUGUAACUUAAAAUAAGCGACUGUGCUUCAAAGAUUUGGCUUGUACUGUAUGCCUUACAGCAUCCUUGUGUUUCUGAAGAUGUAGAGUGCUGAUGUGUUUUGUAAUUUAUUGCAUCUGUUUACAAAUAAUAAAAAAGGGAAGUACACUCCUGUGUCAUUCCGUCUGUCCAGAUACAUGAGAAAAGCCUGUGCUUUUUUUCUUUCAAGUUGAAAUUUCCACUGUUGGUUCUGAAAGAGGAAAAACAUCUGCCUAAAAAACAAAAACUUAGGAACACUGAAAAGCUGUUAAAUUAAACUUCCAGUUUUGGAACUUUGUUUUCUCCUAAUUGCACUUUUAAAACCAAUCCCAUCUUGUAUUGAGGAAACAAUGACAUAAGAGGCGCAUAGGAGUUACUGAUUUUUAUUUUUAAACUAAAGCUUCAAAAACAUUUUCCAAUCUUCUUAAUUUACAGAACAAACACUUUCUUUUUCAGAAACAGGGCCAACAAGGCCUGUGCCGGUACACUUGUAAAGUUUAUCUUUUCACACACUCAACAUCACAAACAGCUUUAGAAUCAAACCACUCUCCAGUCAGUAUAUACAUAUCAUACAGGGUUCAAACAGACAACAGCAGAAACCCAUACAGCACAAAUAAGGCUUUGCUUCACUGUUAAUUCCCUUCUUUUACAGCACACACAAUAUAACAAUGUCUUUAUUCACACUGCUCCUGUACAAUGUACAACUGAUAUUUACUUCUCAACAGCUAAUGUUUCUAGUCAGCACAUUUCCAGAUAUAAUCCUAAUAAUCUUUUGAUGAAUCAGAAACCUGGAGCAUAAACAAAGCCUUCAUGGUAGACAGUAGAAUAUUUGAUGUAAAACGUUCCCACUCGCAAUUACACUACCUAACUUCUACCUUUUAACUAAAUUCUAUGUCAAAAGCUUUAAGCUGAAACAUUAAUACACAUAAUUAUAGAUUUAAACAGACUGAAUUUUGCCCCCAAAAUUAAGGGAAAGGCAGUUUAUAUAUUGAUAUACGUAUCCAUAAAUAUGUUUCUAGAUGAAAUCUGUAUCAGCUUGACCAAAUAUAGCUCGAGGAUGACAUACUGUAUACAACAAGCAGGAAAACAUAUGGCACUUUAAAAGCAAAAUAGAAGAUGUUACACAUCAGGAAAAAAGCAAACAGCAUGCUAUUGCAACACUACCCUGACAGUUCAGUUUGUAUAUCUGUUAAAUAUACAUUACACUUACAAAGCAGAAAAAACAAACACUUGUAACAGCCUAAUACAAUUAACUAUUAAACUACUGGAAGCAUAUUAUGUACAGCAGCAACAAUGCUUAAUGUACAGCCAAAGCAACACACAUGAAUUGAAGAAACACCAAUGCAUGUACAUUACAU